ACGAGCCGCGCCAGCCAAGUGGUGUGCGACGCGAGACGCGUCACGGGCUCGCUCACGCCGGCCGGCCGGGAGCGGACGGGCCGGUCGAUCCAUCCAGGUCGUCGGCGUCGUCGUCGGCGUCGCCUCCAGAAGCACGAGCCCAGCAUAGCACGGCCGCAGAAUAUUCCACGUCCCUUCCGUUUCCGGCCCCCCCUCAUCCUCCCCAGCAGCAAUAAAAAAGCAAGCCAAUCCCCCACCCCUCCUCCGAUUAAUCAAACCGCGCGGCGGCGGCGGCGAGCGUGCGACCUGCGACCACCAGACGACCCAACCGACCCACUGACCCACACCACCGGAGAGCUCUGCCUUUUACGUUAAUCAAUCGAGCCCAGUUAAAGAACCUCUUAAUUGCCCGCCAGGAGAUCCACCAGGCUUAUCUUCUCCGUCUCCUCCGACCUCGCCUCGCCCCCUCGCCCCGCGGCUUCUGGGCUCCUUGGCGCCAAAAUCCCCGCUUCCGAUCUCAGGCCUUCGGGAAUCAGGGGGCCUUUCAUUGAAGUUCACGAUGGGGGGCUGUGUGGGCAAGGGUCGUAGCAUCGUGGAAGAAAAGCUUGAUUUCAAAGGUGGAAAUGUGCAUGUCAUAACAACCAAAGAGGACUGGGACCAGAAGAUUGAAGAAGCAAACAAGGAUGGGAAAAUUGUUGUGGCAAACUUCAGCGCUUCGUGGUGUGGGCCAUGCCGUGUCAUUGCACCUGUUUAUGCUGAGAUGUCCAAGACUUACCCUCAACUCAUGUUCUUGACAAUUGAUGUUGAUGACCUAAUGGAUUUCAGCUCAACAUGGGACAUCCGUGCAACCCCGACGUUCUUCUUCCUCAAAAACGGCCAGCAGAUCGACAAGCUCGUCGGCGCCAACAAACCUGAGCUCGAGAAGAAAGUACAAGCUCUUGGUGAUGGCAGUUGAACCAUGCUACAGAAUUAGAACAGAGCCAGCUUGUCAUUGCUUAUAUAUCUGUAUUGCCAUGCUUGUGUGUCUUAUGUGUUGCAUGAUAGUUUCCUGGUGUACAGUUUCCGUGUCUUUUCCGUCUAGACAAUGUUUUACAAUUUUGCGACACGCAUAUGCAUAUGCUGUGAAACUGUAAGAUGACCCUGCUGGUAAAAUGCUAGUUUCGUGAGUGUCA